AUGGAGCCCCCGGACGCGCGGGCUGGGGCGCGCAGGGCCCCGCAGUUGCUGGUGCUCGCGCUCCUGCUGGCGGCGCAGCCAGGUUCCAAGGCUGAGGUCCGCCUGUCUGUGCCCCCCCUGGUGGAGGUGAUGAGGGGGGAGUCUGUCACUCUGGACUGCAGCCCCUUGGGGACCCAUGACUAUUUCAUGCUGGAAUGGUUCCUGGUCGACCGCUCCGAGGUCCGCCACCUCCUAGCCUCCGCCGAGCUGCGUGGCUCCGAGCUCCGGGACAAAGUGCUCAACUCCCGGGGCCGCAGCCCCCCAUACCAGCUGGACUCCCGGGGGCGCCUGGUGCUGCCUGAGGCCCAGGUGGCCGAUGAGCGCGACUACGUGUGCGUGGUGAAGGCGGGGGCAGCGGGCACCGCCGAAGCCACCGCCAGGCUCAACGUGUAUGUGAAACCAGAGGCUCCGGAGGUCUCCUCCUACAAAGGAACCCUGACUGUGAUGAGUGACUUUGCCGAGGAGAUAGCCACCUGCACCAGCCGCAACGGGAACCCAGUGCCCCAGAUCAUAUGGUAUCGGAAUGGGCAGUCCCUGGCCGUGCCGCUGGAGGUGAACUCUGAGGGCUACGUGACCAUCCGCACUGUCCGGGAGGCCUCCGGCCUGCUUUCCUUUAGCAGCACCCUUUACCUGCGGCUCCACAAGCCUGACGGGGAGGCCAGCUUCCACUGCUCCGCACACUACUACCUGCCCGCUGGCCAGCACGGCCGCCUGGACAGUCCUUCCUUCUCCCUCAACCUGCACUAUCCCACAGAGCACGUGCUCUUCUGGUUGGGCAGCCAGUCCACUGCUGAGGGCUGGGUCCGCGAGGGUGACUCUGUCCAGCUGUUGUGCCGAGGGGACGGCAGUCCCAGCCCGGAGUACACGUUUUUCCGGCUUCAGGACAAGCAGGAGGAUGUGCUAAAAACAAGUCUUGAGGGGAACUUGACGCUGGAGAGGGUACAGCGGAACCAGAGCGGGACCUAUGGCUGCAGGGUGGAGGACUACGACGCCCCCGAGGACGCGGAGCUCUCCAAAACCCUGGAGCUGCAAGUGGCCUACCUGGACUCCCUGGAGCUCAGCACAGGGGAGGAGCUCUCCUUACCUCUAGGUAACAGCACAACCGCGACCUGCUCUGCGCGAGGCCUGCCCACCCCGACCCUAUACUGGACCAAGGACUCAGCACCCAUGGGAGAGGACCCCACACUCUCCCUCCACUCCGUCACCUUCGAUUCCGCCGGCACCUACACGUGUGAGGCCUACAUGCCCAGGAUCCCCCUCCUGAGUCUCACCCGGAGCUUCAGGCUGCUGGUUCAAGGGACACCAGAGUUAAAGGCAGAGGAGACUCAGCCCAAGGUCAAAGGCAGUUGGACCGAAGGAGAUGAAGUCACCCUGAUCUGCUAUGCCCGUGGCUACCCGGAGCCCAAACUCAGCUGGAGCCAGUUGGGCGGCAGCCCCACAGAACCGGCCCCCGGGGGCCAGGGCUGGGUGAGCAGCUCCCUCACCCUGAAGGUGACCAGUGCCUUGAGCCAAGACGGUGUCUCCUGUGAGGCCUCCAACCCUCUCGGGAACACCCAGCAUGUCUUCCACUUUGGAACCGUGGCCGCCCAGACCUCCCAGGCCGGCGUGGCGGUCAUGGCCGUGGCCAUCAGCGUGGCCCUCCUGCUCCUAGUCGUUGCCGUCUUCUACUGCAUGAGACGCAAGGGGCGGCCCUGCUGCUGCCGGCGGGGCGAGAAGAGGUCUCCGCCACCUGGGGACCCCAAACUGAGCCACUCAGGAUCAGAGCAGCCGGAGCAGACGGGCCUUCUCAAGGGGAGUGCCUCUGGAGGAGCCAAGCAUGGAAGUGGGGGCUUUGGAGAUGAGUGUUGA